AUGGUCACUGUGGAGAGUUUGAGAAAAAGUACGUUCAUUAAAUCGUCAGCUACGGAGUCGAGCUGCCGCCACCGCCAACCCUACUUUCCCUGCCGUUGUCAACCUCACUCUUGCCGUUGUCGUUAUCCCUACUCUUGCCCCGGUCGUCAAACCUAG